ACUUUUUUUCUAAUAUCUAAUAGAAAAAAUGCUUAUUAAUUUAUAAAAACAGAUCAUGUUUUGAAUUUGAAUGCAUAUGUUGAAUUAGCAUUCGUAAAAGGACUUUGGAAUAAUGCGAAAUAAGAAUAUUGCAACAAGCUUUCAUUAGAUUGAUGCGUAAUUGAAUAUUCAAAAUUACCGCUGGUCGUAAAGCGGAGUUUUCCUCAAGUUCAAAUGAUUAGUGGAAAAUCUGCGUAAACGUGAACCCUUUUCUGUAACAGUGUCAAGUAGUCAUCGAAUACACUCAAAAAGAUCAUAAUAAUUUAUGAAAUAUUAAUGAAAAUGCCGGGAAAACCGACCAGUGAAGCAAACACUCAUGUACCUAAGGAAGAGACGGAUGAAACCGAAAAAGAGUAUCCAGUAGGGGUUACCAGAGAAUUGACGCAAACUGAUCGCCUGAAUAAAAAACUAUUGACAUCGUUUUUGCAGAGAAUGAAUAAUUCUACAACUGGAGAAUUUACGCCCCAAGUAGAGAAUCAGGAGCAACAAAGUGACGAUAUUACUCCAGCUGAAAACGAAUUCUAACGAUAAUU